AUGUUGUUUUUAUGGAAGAGGCGACAAAAGACCAGGGCCGAUGCAGAAGCCAGGAGGAAAGAGGUUGAGGAAUACGGAUACAAUCCCAAUAAUGAUCCCCAUGGUGGCGCGGCAUCAACGGCGGCGGGUGUUGGGGUCGCCCGGAGUAAUAGUAACGGUGAAGAAACUCUUUACGAAAUGACAGAAAGUGAUGGGGCUGGUUAUAGAGGAUGGGGGUCGACAAACGGAGGGAGAAAAGCGUCAAAUAUGGGCUCGAGUGUUGGGACUAGUGUACCAAUGUCCCCUGUUGGGAUGGCAUUUUCGGAUGGGGGUUUCACUCAGCAACAACAGCAACAGCAGCAACAAAAUAUCAUUGGCCCUGUCCCAGAUGGGUAUACGGGCGUAGCGACUUCGCCUAGUACAUCUACCUUCCCUGCGGGCAACUCACCUUCUGUUGAUGGUUCAAAUGCUCCUUUAAUACAUGGGAGUCGGCCUUUAACAGCAGACUCUAGUGUAAUUGGAGCCAUGAAUGGUCCUGCCGCGGCGGAAAAUUCCGGGGGAAUUCAUAGAGGCAUUUCCAAUGCAUCUUCAAAUUAUUCCGCAAUGACCCAGUCAGAUCAAUCUGAUAUUGGUCAACCUAUGUCCCAUCACGAUGCCCAAUACUAUGGUGUGGAUGACGGGUAUGAGGAUGCAUAUUACUCCUCAAGGAACCCCGCCCAUCCCUAUUCAGGAGAUAAUGGUUAUGGACCAGCCCCUGUCAUUAGGGAUGUCUCUGCUAGACGUAACACUCGCAUUGAAACACCCACAAGCACCCACUUUCCUCAACAGGGUAAUAGCGGUAUUGCCCAGAAUUUUUAG